AUGCGUUUUCUUAUCGCUCUUGGCUUCUCGGCCGCUUUUGGCGCCGUAGCAGCUUCUAGUGAUGCUAUCCCUGACAAGACAACGGCGCCAGAAAUCACCGUCGUGGAGAGCAACAAGAACUACUUGGUGAAGCUCGACUGUGUUGAGUGUCCGUUUGCGGUGUGGGAUUCGUCGUCUGAGGUGUCGUGGCAGACACCGCCGCAGGAUAAUGCUCUGCUUCUCAACUUCAACAUCGACGCGCAAGGCACAGCGCUACUUCUCAACGGGAAGCGCAUACUGCCCCUAGACCCCAUGCCCCUUGACGUCAAGGCGCCUCAGGUUGCCGCCAACCAGACUCAUGAAAUCGCUGAAAUAGAUGAGGGCUCGCAACACGACCUCUCGCUACAGUACGAACACUCAUUGUUGCGCGACAAGGAGCCAGGAAAGUUUUGGGUUCAGUUCAAUGUCACGGGUUGGGUCUUACAGCAGACCACCGUAGUGCACAUGGACAAGGUGGACCAGAAGCUCGUACAGGUGCUGCUGCACAAGGAGGCUAACGGCACCGAUCUUCGCAUCGAGGAAAUUCAGGUUGUAGCACGGGAGGAUCGCAAACAGCCGUACCGAAUGAAAUGCGGCAGGCCUGCCAUUGUAAAGACGACAUUCGAUCCCGCUGAAUGGGACGAGUUCGGCAAGUUCGGAACGUGGUCCAGAAUCAUGAACCUCGUCCUCGGCAACCUUGGUGGCUUUUGGUACGACAACUUCCAGCACAAUGCUCGCGUGCUUUUGCUUGCGUUGUGGCUGGCUAUUACUGUCUUCCUUGUCCGUCGCUGGCACCAGGCUCGGCAAGAAGAGAAGGAUGUUCUUGCAGAGGAUGAUGCGGAAAGUGCACUCUUGCCUUCUUACCAGUAUUCUGUCAUUCCCGUGAUCAAGAUCGAAGAGUACGACUAG